UUAUGUUCAAAUUGGUCAAUAUGAUCCCACGGACGGCUGAACAAUCCUCGACCAUAAAAUGGUGGAAGAUCCAAAGUUACAGGCUGACAGACACUGACGACUGACACACUCAUACAGGCUGUAUGAAUCAGACUUGCUCCAAAUGGUUGGUUGGCAAACGGCUGUUCUCUUCCUCGUUGUGUUCUUCAUUGGACUGUACUGGAUUCAGCAACCUGUGAAUCUUCCACCAGGACCGACUGGUUGGCCAGUCGUAGGCUGUGCAUUCAACGUCCAGAGACGACAAACUCAUAUUGCUUUCACCGAAUGGUCCAAGCAGUAUGGAGAUGUGAUAAGCGUUCGACUUGGUCGUAAGCUCUUCAUUGUUCUAAAUGAUUUACACAGCAUCAAGAAGGCCUUGCAUGAGCAAGCUGAUGUAUUUUCUGACAGAUUUGUUCCACACUUUUCAAAGCUGAUGGGAGUGAAAGGCAGUUUCCUUUUUGAAGACGGUCCCAUCUGGAAGGAGCGUCGUCGGUUUGGUCUCGGGGCUCUGAGAAGCUUUGGUAUGGGAAAGAAAAGCAUCGAGCAUUCCAUCAACGAGGAAUCACGGUACCUCCUCGACGGUUUCGCAGACCGAAAAGGAAAACCAUUCGACCCAGCCCACCUCGUCAACAAUGCCGUCUCCAACAUCAUUUGUAAAGUUUGCUUUGGGUAUAGGUUCGACUACUCGGACCCCAAGUUCGCUGAACUUAUCGGUCGUCUCAGAGAGCGGUUGUCUCAAAAUGGUCCUACGUCAGCCUUUAAUAUCUUCGAAUGGGUUUUGCACACACCAUUAAUGAAUCGGUCAAUAGGAAACGCCCGAAAUAUCUUUGACUUCGUCCGUGGAAUUAUUCAGGACCAUCAUAAAUCGUACGAUGAAAAUGACAUCCGGGAUAUUAUUGACAUGGGAAUUGCCGAGGUCAGGCAGUCAGAAAGCAAGGAAAAACAUGACGACGGUCGAAACUUCACGGAUAUCUUCAACGACGGUGCACUUUGUCGAAGUAUUGUGGAUUUAUUCAUCGCUGGUACCGAUACAACCACUAACACUCUGCUUUGGACUUUGAUGUACAUGGCUCUCAAUCCUGAUAUGCAAAAGAAGGUUCAGUCUGAGAUUGAUGACGUCACUGGAGGGAGUCGUCAGCCCCUAAUGGCGGACUGUCCAAACAUGCCGUACACCAAUGCCGUUAUCUUGGAGACUCAACGCAUUCGUCCCGUGGUUCCUUUAGCGGUUCCACACCAAACGAGGGACGACACGACACUGGACGGGUAUACCAUUCCGAAAAAGACAUGCAUACUCGUCAACAUCUGGGCAGUACAUCAUGAUCCUGCUACGUGGACAAAGCCAGAGAAAUACAACCCAGCCCGGUUCCUCUCUGCUGAUGGCAAGAGUGUCAUUCAACACAAAUCACUCAUUCCAUUUGGAACAGGUCGCCGUGCCUGUUUGGGUGAAAAUCUCGCCAAGUCAGAGCUCUUUCUUUUCUUGGUCAAUAUCCUGCAACAAUUCACCGUUACCUUUCCAGAGGGUAAACCAAUCCCGUCAGAGGAUGGAUCAGCUGGUUUUGUACUCAGCUCCAGACCUUACGAACUGUGCGCCACCAGGCGUUCAUAAGUGGUCAUGGAUAAGUCGGGAUAAUUUGUGUGUUGCCUUUUUGCAUUGUUGUGUAUAUGGACAAUUUCAACUGCCUUUAAAACAUUAAAUUGGGCCCUGAGUCAUGGAGAGGGCAAACUCCUCAUGCGGUAUAUUUGCCGACCGGGUGGGAUCUACAUUAAACGCUUAUGUCUAGUCCUUUAUUGCUGUUAGUUUUAUGUUCCCAGCCUAUUACCAUUCCGUCUGCAGGUCCAAGGAAUGACGUACAUGGCGUUCAUAUUACAAUGAGUAAAAUAGUAAAACAUGUGCAAAAAUAUAGAAAUUAUAGG